CGCUUGGCGGGCGGAAAUCUGGAACGCGCUAGAGGGGGUAAAGGCGAAAAUACGCGCUGGCGUGCAAGCGAGACAGGGCGACGUGCAUCUUUCCUUCUCUAUCGAUCACAGGAUAAAAGCGUGUGCACUUCGUCCGUGUCAGCACAGCGUGAUACAUAGGGACGUCGCUGGAAUUGGUUACGUGCCGUCACAAUGGUUGUUUAUAGCCUGUCGCAGGAUGUGCUCGAAGAUUUUCGCAUUAAAUUCUACGAGGACAGUCGCAACGUGCUGGCGCAGAAUGUCUGCACGAAAACAAAUCCCAUCGAGGCCUGCGCCUCGAGGAAGAUCGUGGAGGAGACGCAGCACGUCUUCACUCAUAAGAUCGAGGCUGAGGGCAAGCCCAUCACCAACCAGAAGAACUCUGGCAGGUGCUGGUUGUUUGCUAUCUUGAACGUCAUGAGGACCAGCUUUAUGAAGCAACAUAAUCUGGAUGAGUUUGAGUUUAGCCAGGCUUACUUGUUUUUCUGGGAUAAGGUAGAACGUUGUAAUUACUUUUUACAUAACAUCAUAGAUACCGCGAAACGCGGCGAGACAGUGGAGGGCCGGCUAGUCUCUUUUCUGUUGUCUGAUCCCACCUGCGACGGUGGUCAAUGGGACAUGAUCGUCAAUCUCAUAACCAGGCACGGUGUCAUGCCAAAGACCUGUUUCCCAGAGUCUUACAGCUGUGAGUCCAGCGUGCGCAUGAACAGUCUGCUGAAGAGCAAGUUACGUGAGUACGCCAAAGUUCUGAGGGAUUUGAUCGGGAAUGGCGCUACUGACGAAGAACUGGAGGCGCAGUUGAAGAAGCAAAUGACGGUCAUCUAUCGGAUAAUCGGCAUCUGUCUGGGCAUACCUUCCAAGGUGUUUACAUGGGAGUACUACGACAAAACGAAGAAUUACAACUGCGUGGGACCCAUCACGCCGUUGAGUUUCUACGAGACCUACGUGAAGCCAUAUUUCGACGUGAACGACAAAGUGUGUCUGGUGACAGAUCCGCGUCCAAGCAACCCUUACGGGAAGCUGUACACCGUCGACUGCCUGGGGAAUGUCGUUAGCGGGCGAACCACUCGCUACAACAACCAGCCAGUGGAACUGCUGAUGAAACUUUGCGCCGAGAGCAUCAAAGAUAACGAGCCGGUCUGGUUCGGUUGCGAUGUCAACAAGAGACUAAUAGAUAAGCACGGCAUCCACGACCUGAGCGCGUACAAUUUCAAUCUGAUGUUUGGCACGGAUGUGCACAUGGGACUCUCCAAGGCCGACAGGCUGCUCUUCGGGGAUUCCAUGAUGGUGCACGCGAUGGUGCUUACCGCCGUCUCCAUAGACCCUAGAGACGGUAAGAUCAAGAAAUUCCGGAUAGAGAACUCGUGGGGCGAGGAUCACGGGCAAAAAGGCUAUCACGUCGUGAGCUACGACUGGUUCGCCAACUUCGUCUUCGAGGCGGUGGUGGACAAGAAAUAUGUACCUCAGGACGUGAUGGCGGUGUUCGACCAGGAGCCCAUCACCCUGCCCGCAUGGGACCCCAUGGGCACGCUCGCUUAUUGAUGAUAAAGUAGAACUAAUUACGGCAUUAUGGCAAAACUUUCUACGCAUUACGGAAGAGCAGACACACACGAGACAUACAUAAAACAUAUAAAUAUAAUAUUUAAUGGAAAAAAAGAAACGAGAGAAGGAAAAACAGGAUCCGAGAACAGCGCGAUUGUACAAAAUACCGAAUAUUUUAUACCAUGCGAGGGAAUGUGCAAAACAGUAUUGAAAAGGAAGCAAACGAAACAAUGGCUGCUUUGUCGUUCGUACGAAUCGCAAGCGCAUUUUGUUCACCGCAGUAUACUACAGAGAAUGACGUUUAAGCUAGACCGUCAAGACUGAGUGUAUGAGUUACCAUAUAAUUGAAAUCACGAGGUAAUUAAUCGAAACGAUUCACGCGUGCCUGCUGCAGUUUCCGGAGGGUUUGCGCGUCAUGUACGCGUUACGUAUUCGCAAAGGGUGUUGGCGAAGAGCGCGCGCGCGCGCGUUGAGUCGCAUACUUGACCUUGUAGUAGGCAAUAAUGUACCCGACGAUCCUUGCAUCCCAGUAACCCAGUAACGGUUACGGUGGUUUAACGCGUCGUCGUUUAAUAACGCGAUACGAACACAGCAACUUCCCGUAAAAAAAAACCAAAAAUAAAUAUAGACUGCAGACCAUCUCCCGGCGUAUUGUGUAUCCACGACUUAAAUUCCCGCGAUUUAGCCUUGGUCUACAAUACGUGUCGUAAGUUGUAAGCCGUAAGAAUUGGCGAAUCACAGUCGAUUAUCACAAAAAUAAUCUGCUAUAAUUGAUCAGUUCUUACGGCUUACAGCUUACAAUACAUAUUGUAGACUAGGCCUUAAUCGCAUUAAUACACGACAUGUAGAGAGAGAGAGAGAGAGAGAGAGAGAGAGAGAGAGAGAAAGAGGAAGAGGCACUGGUACUCGCGUGUUAAUCUCCGCGCAUGUUAAUCUUAAGGAUCGCACGUGCACACGCUAAACAGUAAAAGGCAAAAGCAAUAGAACAGUACGGAGAGGUUUGUAAAAUUUAAUAAAAUGAUUUGCCAGAGGAUGAUUAAAGGAAUUCUUGCUCAA